UAGCCACUUUCGGCGCCUCUCAAAUUUCUCCCGACUCUUCGAGAGCAGCAACACUUUUUCUAUUCCGGGACUGCAUGGCCCCUCUCAACAACUGCCAGUCAGACUCCAGCCUGCGUAGUGACGACAAUCCAUAGACGACAUCGAUGACCCUCGACCACGCACCGGAGCCUCGAAGCAUUCGAGAAAGCAGCCCUCGGUUCCGGCACACGCUGCUUCCACAAUCGCGCGAGACGGGCGAAGUUGUCCCCACUGAGCCGCCCGAUGGUGCUCCGGUAGCAGCGAAGGGCGCGCCCUUUGCGAAGUCAUGGGCGCAUUUCAUUGCCGGGGGACUCGGCGGCAUGGCUGCCGCGACGCUCACGGCACCGCUAGACGUGCUCAAGACCCGUCUCCAGUCGACCUACUACCAGCAACAUCUCGCCGCUGCCCGCGCCGCCCGUGGCCUGCCCCCCAUCGAAACCAUGUCCCUCAUGCGCAGCUCCUUACUCCAUGUCCGCGAGACUGGCGAGAUACUAUGGCAGGUCCCCAAGGCGGAGGGAUGGAGAGCACUCUUCAAGGGUCUUGGGCCGAACCUGAUUGGCGUCGUUCCCGCCCGAGCAAUCAACUUCUACACAUACGGGAACGGUAAACGGAUAAUCAGCACGUACUUCAACAACGGGCAAGAAGCCGCCUGGGUGCAUUUGUGCGCCGCUGCCUGCGCCGGCGUCGUCACGGGCACCGCGACAAAUCCCAUUUGGCUAGUCAAGACGCGAUUACAGCUGGACAAGAACACCCAUGCGGAUGGGCGCGGACGGCAGUACAAGAACGCAUUCGACUGUACGAUGCAGACGCUGCGGAAGGAAGGCGUACCGGGGCUGUACCGGGGCUUGACUGCGAGCUACCUCGGGGUAACGGAGAGCACGCUUCAGUGGAUGUUGUACGAGCAAAUGAAGAUAUAUCUGGCGCAGCGGGAACGGCGGGUUGCGAACAGCGGGCGUUCGCCUACCGCAUGGGACCAGACUGUUGCAUGGACGGGCAAAGUCUCUGCAGCCGGAGCGGCCAAGUUCGUCGCUGCCUUGGUCACGUAUCCACACGAGGUUGUUCGCACUCGACUACGGCAAGCCCCGUUGGAGAACGGCCAUCUCAAAUACACCGGAUUGGUCCAAUGCUUCCGUCUGAUAUGGAAAGAAGAAGGCAUGGCGGCAUUGUACGGCGGGCUGGUUCCACAUAUGUUCCGCGUCGUUCCAAGCGCGGCGAUUAUGUUCGGCACAUAUGAGGGCGUGCUGAAGCUGCUAGGGACCAGCAGCAAUGUCUAAUCGUCAAGGUCGUCAGUGGCUCUGUGUACUAUUACUGUGUUGCAUUCACACGGCGUUGUUGCGGGUUGUACGGCUCUAUGGAAUAGUUGUUUUCGCCCCCGGCAAUACCCAUCUCUUUCGACUAUGUAUAUUAUAGAAUGUUCCUGCUUGGGACCGGGUGAGCACACCGGGCUAGGGAGGCAUAUAGACCGGAGUAUCCAAUUCUAAAGUUUGAAUGAA